ACAAGAUUAUGCAAUAUUAUGCAAUAUUAUGCAACGGAUAUCUUCAGCAUAUACACACUUAUCCCAGUGUUUAACCAACGACGUUGCCGCCCCCACUGUGGAUGAGAAGUUCCGCUUCCGUGGCGAACGGCUUGCAAAAGCCUCCGACACUAGUUAUCACCCAUCGGCGAGGAUGAAGGAAACUUUGGAAGCCUCCUGUUGUUCUUUUCGCUGUGUGUGUGGCCCCAUAUAUAGAUAUUGGUGUGGACUCUCGUUUUGGUUUUCUCUCGACUCUCAAUACUACUACUAUACCUCACUACAGUUCCAUAUAUAUAAUAUCCAGUUCGAAAGGCUGAGAUUGUGAUACCCCUCAUACAUACGGGCAGACUUCUUAUACACUUACCUUUCAUUGCACUGCACAUCAGUCUUUGCGUCUAGUUCUCAGCGUCCAGAGACUUCAAACUUCCUGACAGAGACUCAACCUCCUUUACUAGCUUUCAGAGACCAUCUUUAACGGUACUGGCGACGACCCAGGAACCCCAAACACCCCCUUUCGCCAUGUCACACGAAAAGACCACAGCGACGGACCUGGAGGCUCAGCCCACCUCCCCCUCCACCACCCUCCCACCCCCAAACAACACUAAUCUCGAGACCGAGAAGAAGAUCGAGACCCCGUCAAUCGCCAGCUCAGCCAAUUCAGCAGACUAUGAGCAUAGCGAAGUCGAGGCCAUGGAUGCCGGGCGCCAGGCCGAUUUGGCAAUCGAUAGGGUCAUGUCCCGUAGCUUGAUCAAGACCGCUUCCGGGGCAGGCACACUCAAGAGGGCCGAGACGAAGAGCAGCAGGAUCACACGCGUGCUAACACGCAUCGCCACGACCAAAGAGAAGCUCAAGCCCUCUCUCGUGCCCGAGCAGAACCUCGACGAAGGCGUCGUAGGGUGGGAAGGGCAAGACGACCCGAACAUGCCCCUCAACUUUCCCGAUGGCAAGAAGUUCCUCCUCCUCCUCCUCAUCUCGGCCAUCAGCUUCAUCUCCCCCCUGGCCUCCUCCAUGUUCGCCCCCGGCGUCUCCUUCAUGAACAAAGAAUUCCACAACACCUCCACCAUCCUCUCCGCCUUCUGCGUCUCCGUCUUCGUCCUCGGCUACGCCGUCGGCCCGCUCCUCCUCUCCCCGCUCUCAGAGAUCUACGGCCGCCGCCCCGUCCUCGCCUGCGCCAACGUCACUUUCGUGCUCUGGCAGAUCGGGUGCGCGUUAGCGCCUAAUCUCACCUCGCUCAUCAUCUUCCGCUUCUUCGCCGGCGUCGGAGGAUCAGCUUGUAUCACCGUCGGCGGCGGCGUCAUCGCCGACCUCUUCCACCCCGAACAGCGCGGCUUCGCUUCCGCCAUCUUCUCCCUCGGCCCCCUCUUCGGCCCCGUCAUCGGUCCCAUCACCGGCGGUUUCAUCGCCCAGCGCGCCGGCUGGCGCUGGGUCUUCUGGGUUCUCCUCAUCGCCUCCGGUGUCGUCUCCUGCGGAAUUGAAUGCUUCAACAACGAAACCAACCACCGCGUGCUCAUCCGUCGCAAAACCGAAGCCCUCCGCAUCUCCCUGUCGCGCCCAGAACUCGGCUCCUGCUACGACUCCGCCGGCCCGCCUCUCCCCCCCCGCACCGUCCUCUUCAACGGCUUCAUGCGCCCAAUCAAGAUGCUCACCAUGACCGUCAUCACCCCCCUCAUGUCCCUCUACAUGGCCGUCAUCUACGGCCUUCUCUACCUCCUCUUCACCACCAUCACCGGCGUCUUCCAGAAGCAAUACCAAUGGGCCCCUGAAAUCACCGGGCUCGCCUACCUGGGCGUUGGCAUCGGAUUCUUCUCCGGCGUCGCUGUCGUCGCCAAAAUCUCCGACGCAACAGUUGUCCGCAUGACCCUCGCCAACGGCGGCGUCCGCGAACCCGAGAUGCGUCUCCCCGCCUGCGUCAUGUUCGCCUGCUUCAUCCCCGUCUCCUUCUUCUGGUACGGCUGGGCGGCAUACAAGCAGGUCCACUGGAUCGUCCCGAUCAUUGGCCUCGUGCCCUUCGGCUUCGGUAUGAUGGGCGUCUUCAUCCCGAUUCAGACGUAUAUAAUUGAUGCGUUCCCCGAGUACGCGGCGUCGGCGGUGGCGGCGUUGACGGUGAGUCGGAGUGUGUUUGCGGCUGUGCUGCCGUUGGCGGCGCCGGCGAUGUAUGAUAAGCUGGGUCUGGGGUGGGGGAAUAGCUUGUUGGGGUUCGUUGCGUUGGCGAUGAUUCCGGUGCCGGCGCUUAUUUUUAAGUAUGGUAAGAAUAUCCGCACGAAGUAUCCAGUGAAGCUGUAGGCUUUGGCUGUGGAUAGAUGGUUGUACAUACUCCUUCAGGGGUUUUUAUUUGUUUGGGGCAUUGCGUGGCGUUUGAUGUUGGUUAGCUCUGUUGAGCUCAGCGGGCGAUGAUAUCCAGCAAAAUUGAAUGCGGUUUUGGAUACGAGGGGGUGCAUAUAUAUUUAUAAUUUCCCUUAAAAUAUAUCAUUUAAAAUACCAUCUUUAAC